GUUCUUUUCACUCUGUUUUCGCGACCGUUUAUAAAUAAACCACCUCACCUGGUGCCGUUCCGCUCUACGACGACACGCGUAGCACCUUCGUCGUGCGUUCGGAAGCGCGUGCCUACCCUCUCCCGUGGUCAAUUUCCGAAUAUCGCUCGCUCACGUUUGCGGAGGGGAAUGCUAAGAUGUUGGAGGACGGCGUCGUGUUGCGGCACACUUCGGUCGGAAGAAGAUCGCGAAGCCUGGCACAGAUCUUGAGACAAAGACUUUCGAAAAAAAGAUUGUGUUUUCAAGAAUCUCGAAUGAGGUAAAGGAGGACAGCGAGGGCGGAUAAGCCGGAGGUAUUCUCGAACGAGUCGACGAAGCAACGCCGUCGUCGCGACGCCACAUCUGGUUAACGUAAGACGCCGAGAGAGAGAGAGAGAGAGGAGGGGAACAAUCCUGUGGUGUUCGCGCACGCGUGUUGGCGCAGUCGAUCAGUCAACCGGUGGCUAAUAUCAUUUGGUCGCUUGAACUUCGGACGGAAUCGUGAUCGAGUUAUCGUGCUCGAGUGUACGUCCUUCACGGUGAGUUUGUUUACAGCGUGAUACACUUCGUGCUGGCCAUGGGAAGCGUGCCUUGUGUAGUGAAAUUUGACGGUAAAUCACCAUUUCGACGAUCGUUUUCUCUCCGUUAACGUUUGUUGAUCGGCGCCGAGUGAAAUCGAAAUUGGAUGUUUCGCCGAAUAUUAUUUGCCUGCGCGAGUCGUCAGUUUGACGUGAUGACAAAUUACGCUUAUUAAAGGACAGUGAGGCGUAAUCGAUCAGCUGUAACUCGCGAAAAAAGUGUGUUCGACACCGUUGAACUAUCGAGGAAAAGAAGCGAAGACAUGGAGGACGAGGGUUUAUGAAAGAAUCGAAGGAAACACCAUCGUGAGAUUGUUCGUACGGCGAUAUUGAUAAGACGAGAAGGCAGAAUUCCAUACGAAGAGGAAGAGAAAGAGGAAGGAUAAGACGUGCGACGGACGCUAUCUUGAUAAAUAUCCUUGUGUUCUCCGAAGCUCGUACACUUGGAAAUUAAUUCCAUUUUCAAUGUCGAGGGACGCGAUAAUUCUUCCUUCGUAAAUAAGUCGCGAUAUGUACGGUACUUUAUUCUGUCGUCGUUCCCAUCGUAACCGUUGUAGUAGCUGCUGUCAUCGUCGCCGGAAGGACGAUGCAUCGCGCGCGUAACAACCGCCGAGAUAAACCGUCAUCGCGACUACCGGCAGUGUAUUAUCGGUGGUGAAUGGAGAGCUAAAGCAGUGGAUCAGAUCACACGAACAACUGAUGUAGUGAUGCAGUGCCGUAGUGUUAGUGACCAGUGCCACGUGCCCGUUGUUUGGAUUACUUGAAGAUGCCUUCGUCCGGCGGCGGAUAUUAUGACGACAGGAAUCCUUUGCUCAAGGGCACCUUAUCGAGCGUGGAACGAGACCGGCUUCGGGAGCGAGAGCGACAGGCACGCGCGGCGAUGUCGGUCCAGGCGGAGCAAGCGGCUGCGGGAGGCGGUCCUGAUACGAGACACCAUCAUCACCACCACCAUAACCAUGUGCAUCAUCAUCACCCCAACAUACACGUCUCUACACCGAACCUCUUCCGCGGUGGUCCCGUCAGAGCUGAUCCCGAUCCGCAAAUCCAGUCUAAAUUGGGCAACUAUCAUCUAGUGAAGCAUCUGCUGGACGAGCCUAAACGAUUGAUCGGCAUCGACGGAAUUCCGCCGAGCCCGGCUCCCUCGCCGACACCCUCCCCCCACAAGUCCGGCACCGGCGGCAGGAACUGUUCCCCGUCCUCGGGGCAGGAGUUUAAGAAACCCGGCGGACUCAGGGGCUCGAGCGCCUCCUCGUCUUCCUCCUCGGUCGGCGGCUCGUCGGCCGCGAGCCACCAGCAACGGGGUGGCUUCGUCAAGCCCGCCGAUGGCAAGCCGCCCUACGGCGGCCGGGGUGGCUAUCCCGGUCAGCCGGUCAAGCACGGCGGCGGCAGUAACGAUCAUCGCAACCACGGCUUACUUCCGGCCAAGGGACCGCCCCCGCCGCACGUCCCGCCCGCUCUCGUAGGGAGCAAUGGCUCUUUGCCGGUCGGAGGCAAUUCCGGCGGGAGCGUCGCCGGUGGCAAUUUCGGCGGCGGUCUCGCGAGCCGUACUCAAUUCGCCGGCCGGCUGAAGCUGAUCGAUGUUAACGGAUCGAAUUCGCGAUCAUCAAUUGACAGUACAGAUGUGGAGAAUAUUCUGAAGGAAAUGACUGUGCCGCUCACACCAUUGACGGCGAUCGCCCAGACACCGCGAAAGGAGCUCGAAUCCAAGUUCACCUUCAACCCCCAUCUAGCAAAGUUGACAGAAGUGACUCCACCAGAACCUGCAAAGCCUCAACGAGAGAGACAUGCUGCCAGCAGAUUAUCUGCUGAUCUCGAGGGGGACUUGCACUUGUCAGAUAGUGAAGAUGAGGAAAAGGAGACAUCGUCGAGACCGACGAAAGCAAACAGGAGUCCAGAUCUCACAGUCGUCCUUCCAACGCCGCUGAUCCCAGCAAUGACAUCAGCGCCGACACCUUUAUCGCCCAUAGUCAUGUCACCCAUUGGACCGUUGUCGCCACCACGGCCGAUCAGUCCGCCCAAAUAUCCAUCACCUAAGCGGACACCGGAACAAGCGAUGUCACCUCUGCCUGGCAUUGCCAGUCAUACGGUGCGUUGCCCUCCGUCGACGAAUCCGAUCGUCAACCUCGGUCAACCAUCGAGUCCAGCGGAGGCGCCACCGAGCUCCGAAAGCGCUAGCACGAGCUCGGACUCUGGCACGGAUUCCGGGUCGGACAGCAGCGAGGAUUCCGAGGAUGAGGACGAUGUAACAUCGGCGCAGCCUCCGGCCAAAGGACCCACGACGCCACCGUCUGUGUCGCCGAAGCAGGAAACUCUGGUCGAGGAACCACCACCUGCCGUGGAGGAACGUCGCUGGGAUCUCAGCUCCUUCUUCAACAAGCCGGUACAGCAAGAUCAGAAUUCCGAAUCAAAGCCGGCUCAAGAUAACGUUAGACGAGAGGACACGCUUGAGAUAAAAACGGAGAAUAGCAGAGCGCAUAGAGAACAGUCUCAUGAUUGGCAGCUUGAUGAACCCUUGAAGAGAACUCAUAUAAGCUCUCUUAGCGACAGCGAUCAUCAUUCCGAUCAGGAGAAGGUUCAUCAGAUCGAAGACAACAAUCGCUCUCAAACGGAGAAGCCAAAGGUGACCGAUACUAAAAGACGCGGGCGACCUAGAAAAUCGAAUAAAAGUCCGAAACGUCAUCGAACGUCAGACGAGAGUUUGAAGAAGCCGCGCAGCGGGACGAGGACGGCUGGUAGUACUUCCAGUAAGAAAAAGCCGCCGAAAUCGAAGGAAACGGUGAGUACAAGCGAAAACGACAGCGACUCGAGAUCACAGAGUGACUCGGAUAGCGAUCGCCGAUCUACCAAAGUAAUAUCGACCGUGGUGCCGACGAGAGAUGACAAGAAAUCGAGACUGAGUGUGUCGUCCAGCGAGGACGAGAGUUCACCGCCGCUGAAUAGAAAAAAUAACAGUGCCUCCGAGGACGACGCCGCACGAUGGGCAAGAGUCUCCUCCAUUAAGCGGAAUAAUUUGUCGGACUCGUCGAAAAAGCAGGACAAGAAGAAAAGUCCCGCCAAGGGCAAACCUAGGCGGCCAAAAUCUAGAGUAACCAAAGUCACCGGUUCUGACUCCGACAGUGAAUCGGACAGAUCUGUAAGGAAUCGCAUCAAAGUUGCUCGAGUAAUUCCGAGACCGCGAAUACCACCCACGAGGACGACCUCACCUGAUAACUCCGACAGUGACAACAAUCCGGCGUCCAAAUUACAAGAAGAUGAUGCCGGUAAUGUGCAAGAUAAAAAGAAAAGCGACACGUUGCGCCACGUCUUCUCGAAGGGAAGUGGGAAGGGUGGUGGCAAAGGUGGAAAAGGUGGCAAAGGCGGCGGUAAAUGUGGUAUCUAUGUGGAAGAGUACACAAGUAAUUCUGCCACGCCGACUGGCGGAGAUAGUCCUUACAAGAGACCAUCUUCACGGACAUCUAGUGGUGGCAACAAUAUACUUUUGCGCUCAUCCCCCGCGCUGACCCACGUGAAUGGCGUGCCAAGUCUGAUGUGCAAGGUAGAUCUCAACAGGAUAUCUUCGCAGAUAUUACUAUUAGCGAGAGGACAGGAGCUUAGACGACGUACGGAAUUACCGGAUACCAGGCCAUCUUCGAGACAGAGACCGUCCUCUAGCUUGGCGAUUUCGCAACCACCGAGGCCGCCCACGCCAGAGGAGGGAGAAAUUGUUGACGCACCGCCCCCGCAACAAAUCCCAUCGGACCGUGCGAGGAUUCAUCGCACCGAUAUCGGUCUAUUGGGUAAUAAUGUUGACAGAAAUUUGUUGCGUUCUGUGAUCAAAGCUCAGUCGGGUCUGAAAAACGGUGGUCCUCUGCUAGAAAGUGGUACCGGUGGUGCUAAUAGUGGUGCCAGUGCGAUCGGUGGCGGUAAUGCGCCCAAGAGGAAACGUAAUCCGAGUUGUAGUUCCGUGUCGAGUUUGAGUCCUGUUCAGUGUUCAUUGGAUGCGAAAACCAAGAGUUCAUCCGAGCAUAAGGACAGGAGUCGCAAGAGGCAACGGAGGCAUGCUACGAAUGACGGCCUGUCUUCUCAAAAUGACAUCCAACCAACGAAUCAUGAAAGGGACGAGAAACAAGAUACGAGCUUAUUACCGCCACCACCUCUUCCAGCUCAGCGCGUCUACUAUUCUUACUUCGAUCCACAGAAUGAAAUUUUGGAGGAUCAGGAUAGGGACCAUGACCAGUACCUGACUGAAGCUAAGCGACUGAAGCAUAAUGCUGAUGAGGAAAACGAGCUUACAGCGCAGGGCAUGAUGUAUUUAGAGGCCGCUCUCUACUUCCUUCUAACUGGUGAUGCGAUGGAGUCGGACCCAGUCACGGAGAAAGCCUCGUACACCAUGUACAAGGAUACUCUUAGUCUCAUCAAAUACAUCUCGUCAAAAUUCAAGAGCCAAUCCAACAAUACACCCGAGAAUAGUAUACAUACGAAGUUAGCUAUUCUAAGUCUUUGGUGCCAGUCGCGCUUGUACUCCAAACUUUAUAACUUACGCAAACAGGAAGUGAAAGAGGUCCAAAAGAUUGUCAAUGACUUCAAUCAAAAGCAACCUGCUCAGACAACUCCAGUGCAACCGGAGGGACAAGGUACACCUUCUCUUUCACCUACGCCGUCGCCCGCCGGUUCUGUAGGUUCAGUUGGCAGUCAGAGUUCCUCUGGAUAUAGCAGUGGCGGACAACAUCCAGCAACAUCAGGCCAAUAUGUUAGUGUGCCAUUGCACGUAUACAAUGCGAUGAUGAAGCAGAAUCAGUAUUCAGGAUUACUUACAAACGGUCACGAUUUAUGGGACCAGGCAAUAAAACAGGCGAAACAGGAGGAGCAUAAAAAUUUUUUUAUUGACUUGGAUCGAAGAUUGGGACCCCUAACUUCGUAUAGCUCAUUGCGCGAGCUCGUGCGAUAUGUUCAAGCGGGUAUAAAGAAGUUACGAGCUCUCUGACCACAGUGGCAUAGCCCCCGACCACCUACCCCAAACUACAUUACCUCCCUUCCUCAAAACAUGGUCACUUACCCGACCAUGUUUACGUAGUUGUGUUGAUACUGCAUUAAUCACUACAACAUCAUCUCUGGUUAGGCAAUCGGAGAUGUAGAAGAAAUAGGAAGAAGCGACGGUGAUGUAUCGAUGACGAGUGAAAUCACGGACUAUUUUCUCUAAGAAAAGUGGUCUCGGGGGUACGACUGAAUCGAUAACGAGGGUCAUGGCAAUCUCUAGAAAGAGAAAACGAGAACAGAGCUCGUGGGAUCUCCCUUAGUCGGGCGAUCUGCGUACGAUCUGCGUAUGGGGGCAUUCUUCAGAUAAAUUUAGCAGCAAGUUUAUAGUCAAUUGCGAAGCGCGUGUGCCUGAAAGGCGCAAGGAAAAAGCAGCCGGACGGAAGGAGGAGCUGCUUAUCUUACCACGGUGCAUAACGAACCUCGUGCACUUUGUUUAGAGCACGUGUUACUUAUUCUCGAGGCGCAUUGAAGAAUCAUUGAGCGGAGAUGAUAUUGAGGCGUUCGCCAACGAGCGAUUAAAUUUCCUAGCGAGCCGCAGUGAUAACUUGUGUCUAUUUUUCCGAAGUGUCCGCUUUUGUAAGUUAACGCAUGUAGAUAUCGAUGUAAGAGAUGUCAGAGGUCAGAGCGAAGAAAGAAAAGAGGGAAAGAAAGAAGAACGAAGAUAAAAAGGAUAAAAAGUGUGAAAUCACAAAGGGGUAGUAGAAGUGCCACUGAAAAGCGCCCGUGUGUUCUCGCUUCACGGUGCGCCACAGCCGACGUUACCUGAAGCAUGAGUAUCGUUUCGGCGAUUCAAGUGCGAUGAAUAAAACGAGAAUAUAUACAUAUUUAAUAUAUAUAUAGUUUAUUACCUAUAUAAAUAUAUAAAUAGUUAUAUAAAGAUAAGAAUAUAUUUAUAAUAACGAAAUCAGACAGAAAGAAUGCAUCUCGCGCGCCGGCGCCGCGUUUCAGUAUAGGGGAACAGAUGACAGAGUUGUAUUCGCAAAUGGGGAUAAUAUCGUGAUAAAAUGAUGAGAGAGGGGAGGAGACAAUUAAAGUGUUUUCGGUGAAGAGAUGCGCGAGCAACAGGAUCAACAACAAGAUCGAACGAUGUAUUAUAGUUACGUCUAACAUUUACGUGCGAAGAACGUCGUCUCUUUUUUUUCUUUUUUUGUAGAUAGAUCAUGGGGAAGUAAUUUAGACUAGAUUAAUAAUUAAUAUGCAACACAGAAAAAGCAGUAACAAAUGUGACUACCGAUACAUAUUAUUUACAUUAUCUAGAGUUAAAAACCGGGGGAUAUGUAGAGGUUCUUAGAUGAAAAGAAAAAAAAAGAAAAGUACAGAUAUACCGCAUACACAUAUACCAUACAUAGCAUCAUUUGAUGAAAUGAAACGCAGACGAGGGAAGAACAAGGCAUGAUAAAUGAUGUACGAUCGAGAGCUGGACAGCGUAGACAUGAGAUGAUAACAGAAACGGUGAAUAAAAAGCAAAUACACACGGAUAAGUAAGUUGCUCAUGUGUAUAUUUUUGUAAAUAGGUAUUUGUGAGAGUGCUGCGCCGUCUUGAGGGCGGUCUAUCGUCCGAUUGAAUUUGCGAUAGACCGGCCCGCCCCAAUUUUUGCUACCACAAUUCUUGUCGAGAAUCAGAUAAAAGAGAAAUCACAAAUAAGUAGAGGAAAAAAAAGAAUAUAAGAAGAGACGUAAUGAAUGAACAUAUGACGAGAUAUCCGUUGAAUUUGUUCGUUGAAAAUUAACGCGGUUUCUUUCUUUGAGAAUUUUUCAAACGGAUUUCUGUUCUGUCCCCGUUCUUACAAUCGCUUCUCAAUAUCGACAGGCCAAUCGCGCUGGGGAGAAUUUCCGAAUCUGUUACGAUAACUUCAUUAUUCAAGUUCGUGGAAAUUCGGCUCGUCUCACGUUUCAAACGCAUCUCUUUCCCACGAUCGAUGAGAAAUUGAUGACACUCUCGGAUGAAUCGCGUUUUAUCAGCGAAAAUGUAACUAAUAACUAUACUAUAUAUUAUAUAAUAUAAUAUAUAUUAUAUAAUAUAUAUAAUAAUUAAUAGCAUGGCUGCCAGUUUACUUUUCUCGAUAACGCCGAGUUUGUGAUGACUCGAUUUUUUAAUCACAAAAUCGAUGGAAACGUGAUAACGUAGUCUAACAUAUCCGAUUUGAAUUUAAUUCCUCAAAUCAAAUCAAAU